AUGCGGGGGGCUCCUGGGAACUGGGUUGGAGCCGAGCUAGCGCUAGCCAGGCGCAAGCGCGCACAGACUGCAGCCACCCUAGGACCACCCCCCGCCCCUGGCCACCCGGGGACCCCCGCACGGAAUCGCCUCCGGAUCCCCGGCCGUCCGCGGGAGUGUCGGAGGUUGGCGCGGGCCCCCGCCCUCCGCGCCCCCCACGGGAAGGAAGCACCCCCCGAACUAAAAAGAGCGGAGCGGAAAGAAGCCCUCAUUCGGCGGCCAGGAGGCGAGCCGAUGCCGAGCUGCACCGCGUCCACCAUGCCGGGGAUGAUCUGCAAGAACCCGGACCUCGAGUUUGACUCUCUGCAGCCCUGCUUCUACCCGGACGAAGAUGACUUCUACUUCGGCGGCCCCGACUCGACCCCCCCAGGGGAGGACAUCUGGAAGAAGUUUGAGCUGUUGCCCACGCCCCCGCUGUCGCCCAGCCGUGCCUUCCCGGAGCACAGCCCGGAGCCCCCGAACUGGGCCACCGAGAUGCUGCUGCCCGAGGCCGACCUGUGGGGCAACCCGGCCGAGGAGGACGCGUUCGGCCUGGGGGGCCUGGGCGGCCUCACGCCCAACCCGGUCAUCCUCCAGGACUGCAUGUGGAGCGGCUUCUCGGCCCGCGAGAAGCUGGAGCGCGCGGUGAGCGAGAAGCUGCAGCACGGCCGGCCGCCCGCCGCGGGGCCCGCGGUCCCGGCCCCGGGCGCGGGCGCCACCGGCCCCGCGGGCCGCGGGCACAGCGCAGUGGCUGCGGGGCCGGGCCGCGCCGGGGCCGCCCUGCCCGCCGAGCUCGCCCACCCGGCCGCCGAGUGCGUGGAUCCCGCCGUGGUCUUCCCGUUCCCGGUGAACAAGCGCGAGCCCGCGGCGGCGCCCGCCGCCCCAGCCGGUGCCCCAGCGGCGGGGGCCGCGGUCGCCUCGGGGGCGAGCGCCGCAGCCCCAGCGGGCGCCCCGGUGGCCGCUCUUCCACGCACCGGCGGCCGCCUGGCCAGCGGCGGUGACCACAAGGCCCUCAGCACCUCCGGAGAGGACACCCUGAGCGACUCAGAUGAUGAAGAUGACGAGGAGGAAGACGAAGAGGAGGAAAUCGACGUAGUGACUGUGGAGAAGCGGCGGUCCUCCUCCAACAGCAAGGCCGUCACCACCUUCACCAUCACCGUGCGUCCCAAGAGCGCGGCCCUGGGACCUGGGAGGGCCCCGUCGGGGGAGCUGAUCCUCAAGCGCUGCGUCCCCAUCCACCAGCAACACAACUACGCCGCCCCGUCUCCCUUCGUGGAGAGCGAGGACGCGCCGCCCCAGAAGAAGAUAAAGAGUGAAGCGUCCCCGCGUCCCCUCAAGAGCGUCAUCCCCCCAAAGGCCAAGAGCUUGAGCCCGCGCAACUCUGACUCGGAGGACAGCGAGCGCCGUCGGAACCACAACAUCCUGGAGCGCCAGCGCCGCAACGACCUGCGGUCCAGCUUCCUCACGCUCAGGGACCACGUGCCAGAGCUGGUGAAGAACGAGAAGGCCGCCAAGGUGGUCAUCUUGAAAAAGGCCACCGAGUACGUCCACUCCCUCCAGGCCAAGGAGCACCAGCUUUUGCUGGAGAAGGAGAAGCUGCAGGCAAGACAGCAGCAGUUGCUAAAGAAAAUUGAACACGCUCGGACUUGCUAA